CUAUUGCGUGUCGUUAGAGGUUACUUGAUGCACUUCACUGAUAUCGCGUCGAGUGCACAAUGCACAUUUGUGGAUCCUCGUAUUAAAUCUAUCUGACGUGUAGGAUGUCAAAGUCUGUGAUAUAAUUCAAAACAGAAUUAUUCUUGAUUCAUCAUAUAUAGCACUACGGAAUUUACGUGCUAUGUAAAGUAUCCAACCGUUUCGGUGUACUUUAAGACGUUUAGCGUAUAAAUAUGUCAGAUAAAGAAUCGAGCGACGAGCUGCAGGUGAUAAACGAGAGGCUGCAGGCAAUCACAACUGCCGAAAGCGCAUACAACAAUGCGCAACAGCAGCAGCAACAGCCACAACAACAAGUCAAGAGUUUGCGGAAGAACACUAAUGAUGCGUUGCGUCAUCCCGUAGACGGCAAAAAGACCUGCACUGCUACCAGUACUAUCGCUACCAACACAGACGAUGGUGCUUUCAUAAGGAGCACGCCAGAGCUGAACCUGCCCGAAAAGAUUUUGCUAGUCGUUGACACGGUAAGAGAACAGCAGUGCACACCUUUCAAGCUUGGCACGGGCGCGAUGUAUCCGCCACUGUUCAUGAUUAAACGCGUGGUAGAGAACUUUGUGGGCGCCAAAUCCACGAUACAGCCUGGCAUGCACGAGUAUGCGUUGAUGACCCUGGACUCGCAGGACGCAUUCUGGCUCUGCGACUACACUAGCAACACCAAGACCGUACUGAAUCACCUGGAGGGCAUCACGGAGAACGUGUCGGACGAGGAGCAGCAGACCUACGAUCUGGGACAGCUGUUCGAAGCGAUACACGCGCGAAUAGCGAUGCCAGCGCGGCAUCAGCCAAGCUUCGUGUCACGCGUGAUCCUGAUAUACGCACGUUCAAACACUAUCCCGAAGUUCCACACCAGCCGGAAGUACCUGGAGAACUUGACGGAGAAUCCGUACUUCUUCCUGGACGUGCUGUUUGUGCACGAACCGCCCGAGGACGAUAAUAUGUGCGAAGCGGUGUACGCCGAGAUCGCCACCCUGGACACAACGAGCUUUUCCUACAUCUUCGAGGUGGGCAGGAACGCCGCCAAGAUACACGAUAACAUGGCGAAGCUGCUGGCGCAUCCUUUGCAGCGUCCACCGCAGAGAGACACUUCCUACACCCUGUACUCGACGACAGCCGCUCGGGAAGUGCAUACCAACGUAUAGUGCUGUAUGUGUGUGUGUGUGUGCACGUAUUUUUUAAGUAAUUUACAUUUACAGGUAAAGCCAUAUUUCUCUCAUCUAUGAAAUUUUGUGGGAUAUAGUCCGUUUGAUUGCUGUUUCUUUUCUCUCUCUCAAUGCGGUAUAAUUCGUAAUAAAUGUGGCACUCGUUGGAACCAGUGAUUUACAUGACUUUGAUCUACUAGAAUCAAAAGCGAAAGACAUUUUUAUAUUAUUGUAUAUUGUAAGUCUUGUUAUGGUUAUUAUUGCUAUUGUUUAAACUAUCGCGAGGAAUAAAUAAAAUCAUUUUUAUAG